AUGACGGACUUGACGUCCCCGGCUACCGACAUGGCCCAGCCCUCGCCGGCACCACCGAGUACAUCCCACAUUUCGAAAGCGAGAUCAAGAUCUCGACCAGCCCGCCGUCGUCGAGAUUCGUCCCCCGCACCCUCCUCCUCUCCUCCCGGCCUGCCAACACCAGCGUUCUCGCCUGAUGGCCACAGUGAUCUCGACGAUGAGCUUCUCGAGGACGAAGGCCUUCGCCCUUCGACGCCCGCCGAAUUACGCCUACCCUCCAUGCAUCACUUUUUGGACGAAUCACGAACAGAAAAUGAAACGCUGGGUGAGAAUUUGUCUCAGGCCAUGCGCGAUGCGCGGUCCUUGAAGCAUCAGAUCCAGCUUCUGGAGGGCGGGACGUCAUCUGCGAUGACGGAAUUGGCCCGCGAGCGAGACGAUGCCGUUGAGGACAUCAACGAUGUCCGCAAGAAAUUAGAACAAACGCAGAAACGGGUGCGCAGCCGUGAAGAAGAUACCGAGCGCACUCAGAUGCUAUGGGAUAGGGAUCGAGACAAAUGGGAGAACGAGAGGAGGAAUAUGGAACGCAAGGUCCAUGUGGUGGAAGGCCGUCUGAAGACGGUGCUGAAUGAGGUCGCAGCGGCUCAAGAGGCUAAAACUCUCCAUUCACAAAUUCAUGAAAAUGACGAUACCGCAAAGGAGAAGAGCAAAAACAGCGACACAGCAAGUGUGGCCUCCAGCAGCCAGGGUCGUCGGCGCACCAGUAUGACCAGUAUGACGUCCGAUGAGGGUGAGGGUAACGAUUACGCUCGAGCCGAUUAUCACAACGUGCGCUACUCGGUUAUGAGUCUUGCUCCUGGUGCUAAGAAUGAUUCGGGUCUGAAUUUGGCUCAGGAAUUGGACUUUGAUGAGGAGGAUGAGUUUGCUGCUUCCGAUGAGGAGCUGCCCGAGGAACGUCCUCGCUCACAGGCAUCUCAUACGGUCUCAUCGAAGGCUAGAAGGAUCCUGGGUCUUUCUCUUCAAAGUGUUGGGUCUGUUACAGCAGCCGAGUACCGUGCUUUAGACACACCCAGUCCCGUGAAGGUGCCGGGGGUAUUUGUUGAGUAUCGUGACGCGGGUAUUCAAUACUCUCCUCCUCCAUCACCCGAGAUUACGGCCGUGAAAGAGGAUGGUCUUGCUGCCGUGCCUGUAGAAAUAAUUGCACAGCCAGAGCGAAACGCACACAAGGAUGAGAGCCCUGAGAUGAAGGAUUCUGCGACACUCACCAAUGUUGUCGAGAUGGUAUCCACGUCAAGCCAGACAAUGGGCGAGCUUCCAAACCCUCCAUGGACGCCCAAGCUGCCUGAGCCUGUAUCGCCGGCUCAAUCCAGUGAAGAGAUUCCGCGGCCAAUGGAGAUGACAUCGAUGUCUACCCAAACUGACUUUGAUCGUGAAUCUGAGCCAGUCAAGGACGAGAAAAAUACCUUGUCACCCAGCAAUAUUCCGGACCAGAUGGGCAUUCCAAUGAUCGCUAUCCACCCCCCAGGCUCGGAACCACCUUCUCCACGGAACAGCGUUGUUCUGCCUCCCCAGACUAAAAACGUGUCUGUGCAGGCCAAUUUCAGGUCGGUCAUUGAAGGCCGAUCUAUCGCUAUUCAGACUGAGGAGAUCCGCAUUGAUACGCGCAAACUCCCUGCCAGCCUUCUUCCUUCUGCUAUUCCAGACUUACCUACUCAAGCCGAACCCCGGGAAAUUGUGUAUCAACCCUACCGGCCGCCUGUACCUCCGCCGCGGUCUGCUAAGCGAGAACAGCAGCGUGCUAGACACCCUGAACAUCCUAUGCGGCCACCGCCCGCACCGCCAUCCGAGCCUAUCCAAGCCUACCCAGGCAAUAAUGAUAAUGGUCCACUGUCAGAUGAAGUGGCUUCUGGCAUUCGGAGACCUUUCCGGUCCAGCAGUUUGUUUGCCGGCUUCGAACAACUGAGCGAUGAUGAAGGUCCUCACGGGGAAGCGCGUGACAUCUUCACUGAUAACGAGCUCUUGAACAGACCAUUUGCUGCAUACAAAAUUCGGCGUGGUAAAUUGGUCAACGCCAAAUCGAGAGCCAGCCUGGAUUCCGUGGGUCUUCCGGAGAUUAACGAGCAUCUCUCUGAUCCCGAUUUUCGACCAUCAGACCUUGGUCGCAGUUCUUCUCGCGCUACCCAACGGUCUGGUGCAACUGCUUCCAGCAGCCGCCAACCUGGCAUGCGUAAGAUGGCCAUGAUCUCUAAUGGCGCAGCGACGCAUCAGAGCAUUCGUCCUCGCAGCCCUAGCGAACCAAGCCUCGAUAGCGGCAGCGCAGGAUCCAGCAUUGCUCCUCCAUUUCCUGUUCCGAUUCGACUCAGCUCGCGCAAGGUCCCCUUAGAUGGCAGUGAUGGACCUCCCAGUCCUACUCGCUCUGCUGGGAGACAUUUCUCAGACCGCGGUCGUGCGACGGUGGUCCGUCGACCGACUUUGCGCAGAGUUCGAUCUGCAGCUGCAAUGUCAAACUCGGAUCUUCCAGAGCGUCCUGAGACUCUGUCAUCCCCAGCACGUUCGGCGGACUCGUUUGUGCCGGACAGUCCGUUCCAUGCACCUCCCAUGCCAUUCGAUGAUAUCACGGCUCCUUAUGAGCGGCGAAAUGCCCAGAAACGGGUCUCACAUCGUACGACGCCUUCUACGAAUUGGGAUCAUGAGCGUCACGAGCGUCAGGAUUCGACUGGUGGCGUGCAGCCAACCAGUGUCGUGGAUGCCAUUGCGCAAACUAUGGUCGGCGAGUGGAUGUUCAAGUAUGUACGUCGCCGUAAGUCUUUUGGUAUGGGCGAGUCCAAGGACAGCUGGGAAGGGAAGAACCCGGAGGAGGUAUCGGCCAAUAUCACCAACAGUGGUGUGCGGCAUAAGCGAUGGGUUUGGCUUGCACCAUAUGAAGGUUCUAUCAUGUGGAGCAGCAAGCAGCCAACCAGUGGACCUGCUUUAUUGGGCAAGAGUGGCAGGAAGUUUACGAUCCAAUCCGUCUUGGAUGUCAAGGAUGAUAAUCCCCUGCCCAAAGGCGCCGGCUACCCGGCCCCCUUCAAUCGCUCAAUUCUGGUUCUGACACCUCAGCGAGCGCUCAAAUUCACCGCGUUGACCGUUGAGCGCCAUUAUGUCUGGCUCACGGCAUUGUCUUUCCUCAGCCAUUCCUCCAUUGGCCUGCACGAACUGGCCGCACUGCCACCCGCACCCCAAGAGGAGGCAUCUCCCACAAUCCCGCAGGCUUCCCUGCGACGUAACCCAAUCCGCGACUCCAUUCGCGUGGCCAAGGGCCGGCCCCGACCCAUGCCCAAAGGUAAACGUUCUUUCCCGGGAACAGCGAUGCCCGAAUUACCACCAGAUGGCUUGGACAUGGCUGCAGAUGCACCUCAUGUCCCGCGCUUCUCCAAACACAACCGCAAGCGCAGCAACACCGCUCCACGGCCACCAGCAAUCCCCACCAUCCGUAGCUUCUCCAGUCAGGGCACCAUGCCCUCAUCACAUAGCGGCACGACCAUCGGUUCUGCAGAGCCACACUACUCUACUGGACCACCUCCUAGCCUUCCCCCAGGCAUCGGCAGCGGACGCAGCAGUAUUAGUCGUCGCACCUCCGAGGCCAGUGGCCGCACCACACACACAACUGCCAGUAAUAUGUUUGACAUUGGCACCAUGCGCAUGGAAGCCUUUAUUGAUCACCACGCGCAAGAAAUUAACCGUCCUCGCGGCGCACCGGUCGCCCGCUCGGGACACAUCCGCAAGAGCUCCAGCAACUGGAGUGGACCUGACUACGACGCACCCUCCAUCUACGGCAGUGAAACGUCCUUCCGAUCAGACCCUUUCCGCGGCUUUUAA